ACAGUCCCCUAAUCUCUUUGUUUACAUUUUACAGAGUCAAGGUUUUUGAUUGGAAUUGUAAUGUUUCCAUCAAGAAAUUGACUAUUUAUGAAAGAUUAAUCCAUUUAAGAUCUUGAUAAAUGGUUAUGUUCAUCUUUAUGCUGUGUCCGACAAUUAAUUUGAUCCACGUUGAUCACUUUGAUUAAUUUUCACAUUACUUGCUCAAUAAAUAACACUUGCUGUGUACAUAAGCUAUUUCAAGUUGCUGACAAUAUCUGGUUCUCUACUGUACUUUACUCUUUGAGACCGUUUCAGCAUACCUUAGACAAAAUCUUUAAUUUUAUUAUUAGUCUACUUCAUAUUAAUAAUUUUUCUUGUAUUUUGUUAUCCCCAUACCCUUCUACAUACUGGUUACAAAAUAUGGCCAUGGAUACUUUCAAGGCACUCGAUUCACCUAUUUAUCCAGGCAUUGUUACUGGACCAGUGAUAUCUCCUGUUAAAAUCUUACCUGGUACAAUACCAUCUUCUCCUCGGCCAAUCAUUUUAAUUAGAAAAAGACCGACCAAUGAUCAACAAACCCAUCCUGGUUUACCAGACACAUCAAACUCAGAUACAACACCUAUAAAGAAACCUCGUAAACAACUCUUAGAACCUUUUCAUUUGACAACAUCUCACAGCAUUAAAUUACUCUCAGCCAGUGACACCAAUGAAGAUACAACAACAACAAGUGGUACAAGUAAUAUUAACAGUACCAUCCCCACCUCUAAUAAUAUCAAUAAAGACGCUGCACCUGGAGGUGUGAUCACCAUUCACAAGAAACCUCGUCCAUCCAUCCUUAACUCAUAUAAUGUACCUUGGAAAUCAUUGCAAUAUCAUUUUCUAAGAUAUUCAGAUGUGAAACAAAAACCCGACAAAAAGACAACUCUUAGUGAACUAUCCAAUGAAGGUUUACAAAGAAAGAAUGGUUGGAAAGUACAACAUCUCGUUACUCAUAUUGAAGACGCAGAUGAAGAAGAGGCUCAACUUUAUAGCCGUUUAAGAACAUUUUCAGACUGUUUUGAUAAAAGUGAUCAGAAUCUUCAUACAAAAAUUAAUAUGUUGGGUCAAAAUUUUUUUAACUCACAGCGAAAUUUCAUCGACUCUCAUUUACAGCUGUUUGACAAGUUAACGGAUCUAAUACGUGGUAACCUGCAAAGAAGUAAACUUUUUCAAGAUCAAAUCAAUGAAGGAAAAAAUCUUUUAAUCAAGUUAACAAAUGAACAUAAAGAAAGGGUUGGCAGGUUAACAAAAAAAUGUGUAAAUAAGCGUACCUUCAUCAACAAAUAAUCAACAUUUCAUUAUAAUUUACUUUAUUAUUGACUCUUUCAUGCAUCCCCGUCUUUUUGUUUGAUUAAGCUGAUAAAUGUAAUCAAUAUUUAAUUAGGUUAUCGGUUUAUUUAGUAAUCAAAUUGAAAAUGUAUUUUCAUUUUCCAUAUUUAACCUUUUAGUUGUGGCUUUAACUAGCCUGAAUUUAAUAUGAUAAUAAAAGCAUCCAAAGUUGA